ACAAUUACAGCUGCGUCACAGCACCCCGCACGAUAUCAACUCAGAAGGUGACUAGUGUUGCCUCGAUCCCCACCACAAUUACAGCUGGCGUCACAGCCACCCCGUCACUGAUAUCAACUCAGAAGGUGACUAGUGUAGCCUCUAACACCUCCACAAUCACGACAUCCGGCGUCACACCCGGGGCCAGCAUUGUUACUGCCGCGGAUACUGCUGGAACGGGGGCCUCUGGGUCCUCAGGAACCCUCACUCAGACCCCCCCGGACACUACAGAAGUCACACAGGUUUCAACUACAACAUCGGUGGGCCCAACCCCAUGGUCAGCAUCGUCCUCUCCCUCCCAUCCCCCCUCCACAUCCAGCCCUGUGGGUUCAGGCAGUAGUCUUGCUACCACCACGACCAGCACACAGGAAAGGAUGGUGUCUACAACCAUGGCUGAGACUACAACUCCUCCCAAGAGCUUUACGUUUGUCAAGUCCCAAAGACAUGGAGAGAAUUACGAGAGGAAGGACCUGGAGAAGCUGUGUCGACAGCUGAUGUCUCAGAUGCAUGACGCUAACUGUACUCUGACUGUGAGAGAGAACAACAGACACACUACCUUUGACAGCGUGGUAAUGACCGGCAAAGUGGACAACUCUGUCGUCCAGCAAUACUAUGAGGAAAUCACCAGAAAACCAAGCGACAACAUGACCCUGAUUGCCAUCUUGGUAUCCUGCGGAGCUCUGCUGGCCAUGAUUGUAGGCUUCGCCAUCUACGCCUCAUACCACCGCAAGUCCUAUCGGAAGAACCUCCAACAACACCUGACGGAGGAGCUGCAGACGGUGGAGGAUGGUUACCAUGACAACCCCACGUUGGAGGUGAUGGAGGUGCAGCCGGAGAUGCAGGAGAAGAAGGUGGCCCUGAACGGAGAGUUCAACGACAGCUGGAUUGUCCCCAUCGACAGCCUGCUCAAAGAGGACAUGCCAGACGAGGAGGACACUCACCUGUAGAGGGGUACUGGAACAGACAGGGGUGCUACUAUAUUCCCUCGACCAACUGACUCUCCCUUCCCUGCACCGUUACAAGGGCCCUGUUUAGUAGAGAGUUCUAGCUCCAAACGUUGCAGGUAGAAAUGUAUUCUAUAUAGAAUGCAUACAACUUUAAAUAAUGGGAUUUGAGAAUUGCACAAUUGUGACAGUUCUAUGCAAUGCAUUUCUAUACGCAACACUUUUAAUGUUCCUCCCCACUGAACCAGACCCAAGGCAACGACACAGACGCCACCUGACAAAUCUGGAAAAAAUAAACACCCAGAUGACAGGUUCUGGAAACCCAUCCCGACUAAAACGAGUGUCAGAGUCCCAUCGCUGUGGCCAUGGAAAAGUAACAGGCCAUUUAGUGGAUACUACAACAAGCAACAUUGUGUCUAGUUUUAGGAGAUAUUCAAUAUUUGGGAAAUGUAACUCUCAAACAUACACAAUCCCAUUUUAAGAGCCAUUGAGUGUUUAAGGUACUUGAUGUACCGCAAACCAAACACUCAAACCACCAAUAUUUCAGGGUGGAGUUUAUGAAGUGGUCYAACUAAAACCUGCAUGUUUUUUAUGCUGUAAUCAAUGUAAUCCCCAAAAGUGCAUUCAAUUGUACACUUGAGCACCUGUACAUAGUAUUUUCUUAUAUUUUCAGAGAAAAUGGAAACUGAAACUUUGUAAACUGUAACACUGCCUUUAUGGUUAAAUCUCARUAGUAUUGAUUUAGAGAAAAUGACCUCAGGAUAAAGUGAAAUAAUCAUCCUGGUGAAUGAAUUAAACUACUAGUGAAUCUCAGCUCUGACGACCUGGCAUUGGCUGCUGUAUAGAAGCCAUAUACUGGUUCAACUGAGCAACGUGAACCACACUAAYGAAACAACGGGCUCCAUGGAGACAYUGCUGGGACGGGAGCGUCUACAGAUUUGAAGGGGAAAAACACUAAAUAGUUGUUUGAAAAUUYGAAAGAACUUGACCUAGGACCAGUUUUCUGGACAUAGAUAAAGCCGAGCCUUGGACYUAAGAGCCCUUUCAACUAUGCUUUUUAGUCUAGGACUGGGGUUGCUCUGUAUCAGGGAAGCUGGCCCCUAAAGAUACAUAUUUUCUUGUUUGCUGAUGUUGAAGGUUAUGCGGUAAUUUGUUAAUUCAACACCAGGGAUGACUUGUUACAUAGGCCUCUGCACAUUUUCUUUCUUGUUCGUUACAUUUCUAUUCAGUUGAUUUGACGAAAAAGGGCAUUUAAAUAUCCAUGYGAUUAUCUGGCAAAAUGUAUUCCAAUUCAUGUAUAAUUCACAUGGACACAAUAAUUCCCAAUUAUAUUUAAGCUGUAAAAUCAACCAACACAAAACAAUCCACCACACACUCCUGUGUAGUUUGUCAUUAGUUGUGUACAGUCGCUCACUCCUAUUUUAUUUCUUUUUACACCAAAGUAUUUAGCAGUUAUUGUAUGUAUUUAUGGUUUGUUUGCUGAUGAAGCCAAACAACAGGGGGUCUGACACACUGGAAGCUGCGCCUCGUCUAUCAUGACCAGGGCAGCCAUGUUUUCUUAUACCAAUAAAGAUUUGCCAAUAAAACACACUUAUUUCAAA